ACGAUGUCUACUGGCCUGGUCAAUGGGGGUCCGUCCUCUUUGGUGUACGGAUCUGUUAUCGCCUUUGUUGGAUCCACAUGCUCAGCGAUGUCUCUUGCUGAGUUAGCUUCCAUCCACCCUACAGCCGGGGGCCAGUAUCACUUUGUCGCCUACCUGCAGAAAAGAUCACCCGCCUUCAACUGGUUUGCUGGGUACAUCACUACGGUAGGAUGGAUUUCCUUUGCCGGAAGCGCGCCUUUCAUUGCCGGGACUCAGAUACAAGGUCUUCUCGUGUUGAACUACCCCGAUUCCUACACUUUCGAACGAUGGCACGGUACUCUGCUGUACUGGGCGGUCCUCGUAUCCUCCGCAAGUGUCUGUGUGCUCUGCAGCCGCAUUCUACCAUUGCUUGAGAAAAUCACAAUGGGUUUGCACAUUGGGUUCUACGCCGUCGUUCUAAUCGCCAUGGUCGUUGUCUCCCCAAAGAAGCAUUCGGCAGCGUUCGUCUUCGCAACGUUUGAGAACAACUCGGGCUGGUCGAACGACGCAGUCGCGUGGUGCAUCGGCCUUUUGAGCUGCUGCUACGUCUUGGCUGGAUAUGACGGCGCCACCCAUCUCAGCGAGGAGAUGGACGAUGCGGCGGUCGGGGUGCCUCGCGCAAUGGUCGGCUCUGUCCUGAUCAACGGGGUGCUGGGGUUCACGUUCCUGAUUGCGUUGCUGUUUUGCAUGGGCGACGUCGCCUCCGCGCUCGCCACCUCGACCGGGUUCCCCAUCAUCCAGAUCUUUUACAACAUCACUGGGAGCCUGGCCGCAACGAAUGCGAUGACCGCCGCCAUCACCAUCAUGGCAAUCGUGUCCACAGUGCCGCUGCUUACUUCGGCGGCUCGAAUGAUGUGGGCGUUUGCAAGUGACCAAGGACUCCCUUUCGCCUCCGUCAUCUCCAAGAUUGAGGAAAAGCGCGGCAUCCCGACAGUGUCAAUCAUUGUCACGACCUGUCUCCUCGUUCUCCUGGGACUCGUCAACAUUGCGUCGACGACCGGGUUCAACGCCAUCCUAUCGCUUGCUGUGGUGAGCUUGCAGGUCUCUUACCUGUUGCCGAUUUCGCUGGUGCUCUGGCGGCGAGUAUCGUGUCCAGAGACCUUGGCUUGGGGCCCAUGGCACAUGCCAAGGUUGGGAAUUGCAGUCAACGUCACGGCCGUGUGUUACUUGAUCUUUACCUGCAUUUUUCUCCUGCUACCCCCAUUGCAACCUGUGACAGCACUGAACAUGAACUAUGCUUCUGUGGUGCUGAGCGGUGCUUUGGCAUUUGGGGCAAUAUACUGGCUCUUUCGAGCCAAGAGGGUGUAUGCGGGACCGCUUACUGAGAUGCACACACUGCAUGGCCGAGCUCCAGUCUGA